GAUCAAACAUUUUCAAUAAAUAUUUUUUUUUUCACUUUUACAAUUAUUUAAUUAUUUUUUCUUUUUAUUACUGUUACCGCAUUCCUUUUAUAAUUUAGAAAUAGAAAUAAAAUUUUUGGCCAUUUGUUGAAUACAAACGGUUUAGAUUUUUAUUUAUUUAAUAGUAAAAUUUCCGUAAUGUUCUCUUUAAAUAAGUGCUGGCAUAGCCCAGCCAUUUUCAUUCUAAUUUGGUUAACUUGUGUUAUAAUGCCGAUAUGCUUGGCAUCAAGGCCAACACAAGAAGAAGCACAGAAAUUUGUAAAGGCUUUGCGUGCUAUUUAUUUCCCUCGGCCAAAUUCGUCUCUUGAAAUAAAAGACGAACCUAAACAACCAGAAUGCCCACCCUGUUUUAACUGUCACCUUCCUGUUUUUGAGUGUUCUCAUUUUACCAGCUGCAAUGAUUAUAAUGGGAAAUGCACGUGCCUACCUGGUUUUGGUGGAGAGGAUUGUUCUAAGCCUGUUUGCAAUUCUCUAGCCGACGGAACUAACCGUCGUCUGCGUGGAAAAGAUAAAGUGUGCGAAUGCUCUGAAGGCUGGGAAGGAAUCAAUUGCAAUGUUUGUAAAACUGAUUCCGCUUGCGAUCCGAUGGUGUCUACUAAACAGAAUGGCACAUGUUAUAAGGGAGGGUUGACCGUUUAUGAGAAUUUCCAAAUGUGUGACGUAAAAAAUAAGAAAAUUCUUGACAUGCUUCCUGAUCAACCUCCUCAAGUCACUUUUUCUUGUCACCGCAAGAAAGAGACUUGCGAUUUUCAAUUUUGGAUUAAUCAAACAGAAUCAUUUUACUGUCACUUGGAUGAGUGUUCUUUUGAUCAAGAAAUAACUCAGGAUCAAAAUAUAACUCAAUAUAAUUGUAAAAAUAUAAAAUGCAAAUGUAUGGCUGGGGAAAUGUUGUGCGGAAAGGAUGGUAGCAUUGAUCUAUCCGAGUGGUUAGUAGAAGAAAUUAAAGGUCCUGCAGAAUUUAAAUGUUAUAAUCCCAGUGACUGUCGAUUUUCUGAACCAAAUAUGAAUGCACUUAUUUUGUCAAUUUUUGGUGAUAAAUAUAUUUCCCUAGAUUGUAAAAGUGGUGAAUGUCUUCAUUAUAGCGAAGUUCCAGGGUUUGAAAGACCACGCCAACCAAACAAUACAAACAUGAUAAUAGUAUCUGUGUUUGCAGUGCUUACAUUUGUUGCUGGUAUUUUCGGAGCUGUAUUUUACUUGUCUCGUAAUUGGGUAACACCAUCGUCUAAUAUUUCUCUUCCUGAUGAUGAGAGUUCGCAUCUCAUGGCUAAUCAUAUACCAGCUGAAUUACUCUUCCAAGACAUCAGUUAUUACAUUGGUGAUAAACAAGUUCUCCACUCAAUUCAUGGAGUAGUGAAACCAGGAGAGGUCAUGGCCAUUAUGGGUGGAUCCGGAGCUGGUAAAACAACUUUCUUGGACAUUCUUGCACGAAAGAAUAAAGCUGGUAGAAUCAGAGGAAAAACGUUAGUUAACGGGCAUUUGGUAGAUGAUGAAACGUUCAAAAAUGUGGUUGGUUACGUAGAUCAAGAAGAUCAUCUUUUACCUACUUUGACUGUUUAUGAGACUAUUUUAUAUUCUGCACUGUUACGGCUUCCACGCGAAAUGAGUUUCGAAGCCAAAAAUUUUAGGGUUAUGGAAACUAUGAGUGAAUUAGGAAUAUUGAGAAUUAAAGACUCUAGGAUAGGUGAUGCUGGUGCGAGAUCAAUUUCUGGUGGAGAAAAACGUCGUGUUUCAAUUGCCUGUGAAUUAGUUACUUCUCCUUCGAUUUUAUUCCUUGAUGAACCAACUUCUGGAUUAGAUGCAUAUAAUGCAUAUAACGUAGUUGAAUGUCUUGUUACCCUUGCAAGAAAUUAUAAUCGUACGGUUAUUUGUACAAUUCACCAACCUAGAAGUAAUAUUUUUGCACUAUUUGAUCAGUUAGUGUUACUUGCUAAUGGUCAUAUGGUAUAUUCUGGGGAAGUAAGUAAAUGUCACACAUAUUUUGAAAGCAUAGGGCAUAAAUGUCCUCCUGGUUUCAAUAUUGCAGACUAUUUAGUCGAUUUAACCAUGUAUGCGGUUAAACCGCGCAAUUCUAGCGAAGAUCAAGACGAAGAUGAUGACUCAGAAAUUAUUGACGGGAUCUCCUCAGCUCGUCCGCCUCCAAUCUCUUCAGCCGAAAGACGUCCAAUGCUUAGAAAUCGUGUUUCUAUUCAUGAUAUUCAAGAUUCAGAAUUGUACAGGCCGCAAUCACGAUUAUCAGAUCAACAAGAGAAUAACGGUGUUUUUGAAUUAAAUAAUCGUGAUGUACAAAGUGAUGAUAGCAUUAACAUUAAUGUGCAUAGCGAUAGAAUGACUGAUCACUUGAAAAUGUUAGUUGAUGGGUACAAUAGAAGUAUGAUCUCUCUUGGCAUAAAGGAUGAAAUUGAUCGUGCUGAAAUGAAUGAACGACGUCAACCUCUAUUAGCUUCAAGUGGAGUAAAUACUACAAUUAGUUCUCAUCUUCGCGCCUCAUGGUUUACUCAGUUCCGUAUUCUAUCGGAUCGCACAUUUAAAAAUUUAUAUAGGAAUCCCAUGUUAAUGCUUACACAUUAUUGUAUUAGUGUUUACUUAGCACUUCUUUGCGGUUCAUUGUUUUAUAAGGUUACCAAUGAUAUUGCUGGGUUUCAAAAUCGAAUGGGUGUGUUAUUCUUUAUGUGUGCACUAUUCGGGUUUGGGUGCUUGAGUUCAUUACAUGUUUUUGCAGCGGAAAGAAUAUUAUUUGUAAAAGAACGAGCAAAUGGAUAUUAUGCUCCGAUUACAUAUUUUUCGUCGAAGGUUUUAUUUGAUAUUAUUCCAUUACGUGUAGUGCCUCCUAUCCUUAUGGGAGUUAUAAUAUAUCAUAUGGUAGGAUUAGUUGAUGGUACCGCAGAAUUUUUCAAAUUCUUGCUAGUUCUGGUUUUAUUCAAUCUCACUGCAGCAAGCAUAUGUCUAUGUAUCGGUAUUCUCUUUAAGGAAUUGGGAGUGGCAAGUUUAUUGAGCAGUUUAGUUAUGUUAUUCAGUAUGUUAUUUGGUGGUUUACUUUUAAAUAAGGAUUCAAUUCCAGAAUAUUUGUCUUGGUUAAAAGAUCUUUCAUUCUUUAAUUAUGCAUUUGAAGCAUUAAUUGUUAAUGAAGUAGUUUAUUUAACUUUAACUGAAGAAAAAUAUGGAUUACAAAUUGAUGUACCCGGAGCUACUAUUCUAUCAACAUUUGGAUUUGACGCAUCAGCAUAUUGGAUAGAUGUAGUAAAAUUGACCAUUAUGUUUAGUUCGUUUAUAGUACUUUCAUUUACCUGUUUACAACUUUUUGUAAAAGAAAAACGUUAAAUAAUUUUUUUUUAUUUAUAAUUCUCUUUAAAAUUACUUUUUAAUGCAUCAACCACCUGUAUAAUUUUAUAUAAUCA